UUCUUUUACGAUCUCUCCGCACUGUGUCUCUCAGCUAUAUUAAGACCUCGUACCCCACAACUUACAAUCCCAAACCCACAAACAACACCAAAUCCUGAUUCAACAUGGACUCGUCCAAUUCCUCCACCUCCAACUCCAACUCCACGGCCAAUGCCGCGCUCAUCGCCAGCAUCACGUCCUUCGUACAAGACUACAUGUCUGGCUACGACGCAUCUCACGACAUGCAUCACAUCCAGCGCGUCGUCGCAUUGGCGCAACACAUACUCGCCUCUGAAGAACCAUCCGUCUCUACUUCUGCCUCUGCAUCCGUCUCUCCCUCUGCCUCUGCCUCGGCCUCGGUCUCCGCCUCUGAAAUAAAACUCAACACCAACUCCAUCUCACCCGGCUCCUCUCCGACUUGCAAAUCCAUCAAACCCAUCAAAUACGACCCUCUGACUGUCACUCUCGCGGCGCUGUUACACGACGUCAAUGAUCGGAAAUACGCCAAGCCAAAUGUCCCGCCCACCAGCGUCGAGCAGGUCCUGCUGCGCCACGGCGCGAGCGCGGACCUGGCGCGGUGCGUGGAUGUGAUUGUGGAGCAUGUGUCAUAUUCAAAGGAGGUGAAGUUGUUGCAGGCCGAGGCGGACGCGAAUUCCGGCGCCGAGACCGAGACGUCAGUCGAGGCCCCGGCCAAUGCGGAGACAUCAACCAAGGCACCACGAGUUCAUGUCUUCCGCACAAGCCGCGCGCUACAAUCCAUUCUGCACACGCACCCAGAGCUCGCCAUCGUCCAGGACGCCGACCGACUGGACGCGAUUGGGGCCGUGGGGAUCGGGCGGACAUUUACGUACGGUGGGGCUCAUGGUCAAGCGGCAGCAGGUGGCCAAGGACGCAGCAUGUCCGACACAAUCGACCACUUCACGGAGAAACUGGAAAAGCUAGAAGACAUGAUGAAGACACGCACAGGGCGGCGGCUGGCGCGGGAGCGGACGGAGCGGUUGCGUGUGUUUAGAGGAUGGUGGGAGGAGGAAGUGAGUAUCGUGGGUGCGUAGUGGAGUAGUUGAUCGGUCGAGAUGGGUCGAAGAUGACCGUGAGAGUGUACCAAGGUGUACCGGAGUAAUGAAAGACAGGCAUGGGCAUGACUCUUUUAGAUCCUAGGGACCGCUCGGGAUAGGGGAUAUCGGACAAGGGAUAUAAGAUGGAAGACUGAAGUAUCACACCAUUCACCAUUGGAAGUGGAGACAGGGCCAAAAGAAAAAUAAAA